UUCAACCGCAGAGACCACGGAGAUGCCUCCUUGUGUGUCUUACAACAGUUAGCCUACUAAACAGCACAGAGUUCAUGUGCACUGGGCAUUUUGGAAAUCAGCAAUGCUUGAAGGCGAAAGUUUUGAAGCAGACCUCGUGUAGUCCUCCUGAGAUGAUUUUGUUCCAAAAAUGAGUGAAGUUGAAAGUUCUGAAGCAGACCUGUCCUUCUGGUGAUGAGACACUGUGAAAGCUUCUACCUCUGAGAAAAUGUUUCCUGUAAGUUUGUUGAACAAUUCCAUACCUUUGUCUGAUCAGGCAAGUUUGGAGCCGUCUGGCCAGAUGUACCCAGCACCUCCUCACAGUCACAACAUGUUUCCCACAGAUACUUUGAGUCAUCCGGACAGAUUAAAUGAGUGGACAACAAACUAUGCCAUCUCCCAGGUGCUCAUGACAAUGGGGGAUCCGAACACAUGCCCGCCGUACCCUGUGUCAAACUGCACGCCAUAUAACGGACAUGCACAAAUGGAGGAUUUUUCUCCCUUAAACUUAAACUUUCCAUACAAGGAGCAAACAGAACAACAACCUCAGCUGGACAGACGAGGGCAGGUUCUGUUUCCUCUCGGGGAAGGAGAGAAGGAGGUGACAGAGAUACAACCUCCUCAUGUGGAUAGACAACAUGCUUCUCAGACCAGUGGGAGCCGGCAAAUUGAUGUGCCAGCUUCUCAGAGUAAAAAGAGAGAAAGAAAAAGAACGGCGAGCCAGGCAUACGCAGAGCGUAAGAGGUGCAGUAACACAAAUCAAUGUUAUAUCAACUCAAAAGGAACAGAAGUAUUACCGAGGGUGUUUGAUUCAGAGUUUGAUUGUGCUUGUAGCAAGGAGUGCAUGAAGAAAGUGAGUGUUGAAGAUAGAGAGAAUUUGUUUUCCAAAUAUUGGAACUGUGGUUCUUUUGAGGCUCGAAGUGCAAUUAUUAAUUAUUGUGUCAGUGAGGAGAAUGUAGCUAGACAUUAUUCAAAAAGUGAAACAAAGAGGAGAACCAAAACACGACGAUAUGUCAUCUCUGGGGUGGAGGUGUGUCAGAAGGCUUUUCUUCGGACUCUGCAGAUUAACGAGUCUCGUGUCGCGACCUGUCUGCGGAAAGUGACAGACCCAACAGCCUCUGUGGGUGACCAGAGGGGGAAGAGGGGGAAGCACAGAUUGGCUCUGGAGGAGAGAUACCAGGCUGUGGUAGAACACAUCCACUUGUUGUCCAAAGAACCCAGACAGGGACACAAGAGAAAAAACUUGCCAAGGUUAUUCGACUCUGACUUAGAAUGUUGCUCCAGGAAGUGUUUAGAACGAGUGAGUUAUGAUGAGAGAAAAAACUUGUUCAUCAAAUAUUGGGAAUGUCCUUCAUUUGAGGCUCGCAGUGCAGUUAUUGUCUAUUGUGUGAAGGAGGAGGAAGUGCGCAGACAUUACUCGAAAUGUGGAUCUAGAAGAAGAAGCAAGACAAGAAGAUACCGUAUUGCUGAGACAGAUGUGUGCCAGAAAGCAUUUCUGAAAACUCUUCAGAUCAACGAAUCCCGUGUGGCCACCUGUUUGAGAAAGGUUAAAGACCCAUCGGCAUCGGUCAGUGACCAGAGGGGUAGCCGUCUGACACAAACUGACCACAGAGAUAGCCUCAGUGGACAAGACAAGUUGUCCCAGGCUAGGUAUACAUCCAUUUUCCAACACAUCAACUCUAUGUCAUCCCAGGCAGACGAGAAAAGCUGCACUGACCCCCAAGCACUGUCUGUACAAGUUUCGAACACGUGCCAAAUGAGAGGGACCACUGAGAACAACAAUCAGCUUUUACAUAGGACGGGAUGGAUGGGGAGGGCUGGGCAGUGA